CUUUUCCCUGCGAUUCUACGCGGGUACGCUGCACGCGGGUUUCCCUCCCAGGCUGCAAGCUGCGACCUCAUUGUGAUUGUUGUGGCUACUGAUCGUAAAGUUAGAUUCGCCAUCUAUUAAUCUUACCCUGUUUCAGAAUCAAACAAGUAUGGCUGAUUCACAGGACGACAAGCUUUACAAAGCCGAAUAUGCGAAAAGCGGACGUGCAUCGUGCAAGAAAUGCAAAGAAAAUAUUGCAAAAGACUCACUGCGAAUGGCUAUCAUGGUGCAGUCACCCAUGUUUGAUGGGAAGGUUCCUCACUGGCACCACUUCUCCUGUUUCUGGCUGAGGGCGGCCGCUCAGUCCACGGCUGACAUCGCCGGCUUCUCUGACCUCCGCUGGGAAGACCAGGAGAAGGUCACGAAAGCCAUCGAGACCGGAGGAGCAGCAGGAGGAAAAGGGGAUGCCAAGGGCGGGGCCAAGGGAGAGAAAACGCUGAAUGACUUUGCGGUGGAGUACGCCAAAUCCAACCGCAGCACAUGCAAAGGGUGUGAGCAGAAAAUUGAAAAGGACCAGAUGCGGGUCUCCAAGAAGACGGUGGACCCAGAGAAGCCCCAGCUGGGCCUGAUCGACCGCUGGUACCACACGGCGUGCUUCGUGGGCCGCAGGGAGGAGCUGGCCUUCAAACCCGAGUACAGCGCCGCGCAGCUGAAGGGCUUCAACACGCUGAGGGCCGAGGACAAGGAGGAGCUGAAGAGGAAGCUGCCCGCCGUCAAGGCUGAGGGAGAAUUAGAUGGUGACCUUCAUGGGAGAGUAAUUAGGAAGAAGGACGGUACAAGGAAGAGGAAGGCCGACGUGGUGGACGGUGAUGCGGGCUCCAAGAAGCAGAAGAAGGAGGCGGAGGAGGAGAAGAAGAAGCUGGAGCUGCAGAUGAAGGAGCAGAGUCAGCUGGUGUGGGGCAUCAAGGACAAGCUGAGGCAGUUCUGCUCCACCAACGACAUGAAGGAGCUGCUCAUCGCCAACGGACAGGAGGUGCCGUCUGGAGAGUCCAACGUCGUGGACUGCCUGGCAGACUGCAUGGCGUUCGGGGCGCUCAAGCCCUGCGAGGAGUGCAAGGGCCAGCUGGUGUUCAAGAGCGACGCCUACUACUGCACAGGAGACAUCUCCGCCUGGACCAAGUGUGUCGUCAAGACCCAGACGCCCAACCGCAAGGACUGGCUCACGCCCAAGGAGUUCCAUGAGGUCCCCUUCCUCAAGAAGUUCAAGUUCAAGAGGCAGGACCGGCUAUUCCCCAAGGUGGCUCCAGCUCCGCCCACCGCCACAUCUGCAGCCCGGCCCGUCCCCAGUGCCUCCAGCGCCCCCAGCAGGCCCCUCCCAGAAGGAGCCCCUGCAGACAAGCCCCUGACAGGGAUGAAGCUGCUGACCGUGGGCAAACUUUCCAAGAACAAGGACGAGCUGAAGACCGCCGUGGAGGAUCUGGGCGGGAAGAUCACCAGCACCGCCAAUAAGGCUGCUCUCUGCCUCAGCACCAAGAAGGAAGUGGAGAAGAUGAGUAAAAAGAUGGAGGAGGCGAAAGAAGCUGGUGUGCGUGUCGUUUCUGAGGACUUCCUCAAAGACAUCAAGUCCUCAGGCAAGGCCGUCCAGGAGCUUGUCUCCCUGCACGGGAUUUCCUCCUGGGGGGCCGAGGUCAAACUGGAGCCCCAGGCUCCAGCAGCGGCCUCCAAGUCUGGACCUCCGGCCGCCAAGAGCACGGGGAGAGUGAAGGAGGAAGAGGGUAGCAGCAAAGCCAAGAAGAUGAAACUGACAGUGAAGGGAGGAGCAGCGGUGGACCCUGACUCAGGUCUGGAGAACAGCGCCCAUGUGCUGGAUCAGAACGGGAAGAUCUACAGCGCUACGCUGGGUCUGGUGGACAUCGUCAGGGGCACCAACUCCUACUACAAACUGCAGCUUCUGGAGGAUGACGUGCACAAACGGUAUUGGGUGUUCAGGUCAUGGGGCAGAGUGGGCACCACUAUUGGGGGUAACAAGCUUGACAAGUUCCAUGAUAAGAACUCUGCCAUGGACAACUUCCUGGGUGUUUAUGAAGAGAAGACAGGCAACGCCUGGGGCUCCUCCCACUUCACAAAAUACCCAAACAAGUUCUACCCCCUGGAGAUCGACUAUGGCCAGGAUGAGGAAGCGGUGAAGAAGCUCACAGCCAGCGCUGGCACCAAAUCCCGGCUGGCCAAGCCUGUCCAGGAGCUCAUCAGAAUGAUCUUUGAUGUAGAGAGCAUGAAGAAGGCCAUGGUGGAGUUUGAGAUUGACCUUCAGAAGAUGCCCCUGGGGAAGCUGAGCAAGAGGCAGAUCCAGAGUGCCUACGCCCUCCUCAGUGAGGUCCACCAGGCUGUAACUGACAGUGCUUCCGAGUCCCAGAUCCUGGAUCUGUCCAACCGGUUCUACACCCUCAUACCUCACGACUUCGGCAUGAAGAAACCUCCCCUGCUCAGCAACCUGGACUACAUCCAGGCUAAGGUUGAGAUGCUGGACAACCUGCUGGACAUCGAGGUGGCGUACAGUCUGCUGAGAGGUGGAGCAGAGGACAACAAGAAAGACCCCAUCGACAUCAACUAUGAGAAACUCAAGACCAAGAUCGAGGUUGUCGACAAGAGCACUAAAGAAGCAGAAAUCCUUCUGCAGUAUGUCAAGAACACACACGCCGCUACGCACAACACCUACACACUGGAAGUAGAAGAGAUCUUCAAGAUAGUCAGGGAAGGAGAGUACCAGAGGUACCGUCCCUUCGAGGAGCUGCCCAAUCGCCAGCUGUUGUGGCAUGGCUCUCGCACCACCAACUACGCUGGUAUCAUGUCCCAGGGUCUGCGUAUCGCCCCACCAGAAGCCCCAGUGACCGGUUACAUGUUCGGAAAAGGUGUGUACUUUGCCGACAUGGUGUCCAAGAGUGCCAACUACUGCCACACCUCUCAGUCAGACCCGGUGGGUCUCCUUCUACUGGGAGAGGUUGCCCUCGGCAACAUGCAUGAGCUGAAGAAGGCUUCACACAUCACAAAGCUACCCAAGGGCAAACACAGUGUUAAAGGUGUGGGUAGAACUGCCCCUGAUCCUAACGCCACAGUCACCUUAGAUGGGGUGCAAGUGCCUUUGGGAAAAGGCGCCAACACCAACAUCGAAGACACAAGCCUGCUGUACAACGAAUACAUCGUGUACGAUGUGGCCCAGGUAAACCUGAAGUACCUGCUGAAGACCAAGUUCAACUACCAGACCUCACUGUGGUGAGAGGCUUGUCUUUGACCAGACCGGCUCUCGAGAUUGAGUGAAGAGGCCACCACUGUGGCGUCCAAAACCCCUCCGGCUUCAAGCCCCAUACUCUGCAAUGGAGGACAUUUUUGACUGUGGAGCAAUACUAUAACAUUUUUGGUUUUCACUGGAUCUUAAAAUCCUAGCCACUGUACACGGUGUCAUUGCAGUAGCUGCUAGCCGUCCAUUGUUCUGCCCAUCAUCCUCCUCAGUGUCUGAUGCUCUUUGGAACCAGUGUUUCAGAGCUCAGUAGGGUUCAAUUGAGGAACAUCCCAUAAAACAUGGUUUUAAAUAAGUGAAACGCCAUCUUUUAUUUUUGUAUUUCUUAUUUCCAACACCUGUGCAAUUUGGCUGUUAAGGUUCUUUCGCAUACUGUAAGUUUUCACUCCUCUGCAUAAAGUCUUGCAACACCAACAUUUUGGACAGGAAGGUGAGCAUUGACUAGGUUAAGUUGGUAGAUAUUAGCUGGCAACAAGUAUGGUGCAUAUGUAAACAAUGGCUAAAUCUCCAUAGUGACCACUGAUAAAUACAUACUGUAGUAGACUGCAAGGAUUACAUUUUAAGUUGGGACCGUGUAAUAGGCUGUUUUGUUUGUUUCUCUGAGUGUUUGUCAAGGUAGACUUUGGGAGAAACUAGGUUUGUGCUUAAAUCUCUAGAUGUAUGUUAACUGACAACUGUAAAAUAAAUGCUUGAUUGAGA